GUGUACGGUCGAGCACCGACGCUCUUCAAAACAUGAAUAACAUGAAAAUUAUUGAUAACAACAACAAAAAUAAUAACAUGUGUUUCCGUGCAAUUUGCCUGCUGACGGCACUGGCCGCGUGCUCCGUGUGUUCCGCGGCCGCCGUCAAGUUGGACGACUUGAGAACCGAAAAGAGCGAUCUCGCGGACGGUCCUUCCGGCUUAAACAAACAAGAACACGCUAUAAUUUCAGACCUGUUAUAUCAGAAUAUAUUUAAACCAGAUAUACUGAGUAAACCCAACAACGUAGCCUCGGCACGAGCCACGUCCAGACCGGCUUCCGACGGUGUGCCGAUGGCUAAGCACGUCAUCAACAACAGCAACAAGCCGGCGCCUUUGUCUGACGAAGAAUCGUUGAAGACCCGGGCAGUCGUAGCCGACGUGAGCGGCACCAAAAGCGCGUCCGAAAAACGAAUAGAAAAAUGCAAAGAGAAAUGUCCGGCCAACGUCAAAGACUGUUGUCGAAGCGCCAUCCAAGAAAAAAGUUGUCAUAACGCCACCGACGACCCCGUGUCGUAUUUCGUCAACCCGAGCUUCCCUAACGAGGAUUGGGAUUCGUCUUUCUGCGACUUCCGCGUGGACAUCAAGAACAGAAACGUUUGUCAGUUGAGGCUGGAUCUGGAAGAAUUUUCUCUCAGGGGCCCGCACAAGUACUUGGGCAGCUGUCGCCAAGACCGGUUAAUCGUAUCCACCACCUUACCGAACGGUAUCGGCAUAUCCGAAUUGUGCGGAAACAACAGCGGCCAACACUUGUAUUUCCCCGUGGACCCGAAGGCCGGAGGAUCGUCCGUAUCGUUGAUGAUGAUGACGUCACAGUCGUCUAGAUACGUGUGGAAAGUGCGAAUAACCCAAAUCGACUGUCUCGCAGACCCCCAAGCUGUCGCGCCUACCGGAUGUCUGCAGUAUCACACCAGCCUCAGCGGCACCAUACAGAGCUUCAACUACGCGGGUGGCAUGUACCAGUCGGGUCUAGAUUAUGCGAUAUGCAUUAAACGAUCGGUGAACACUUGCCGGGUCGAAUUUCAGCAGGUCGCCGGCUCCACGUUUGGUAUAAACUCGCUCGAAGGGUCGUCCCUCGAAGAGGGAAUCGGUCGAGCUGGAGAGGUCAGCUGCGACCUGGUCACCCACGAUUACCUGCACAUAGCCGGCGGUAUGUUGGACAUAGGGGAGGAAAUCCUGGCCGCCACCGGCAACGUGGAAGUGUAUACUCCCACGGCCGAGAAAUUUUGCGGUCGCAGUCUCUCCGGGCUGGCCAUACAAGAGUUUGCGGAAAAAAUCAAAGUCAACGAUCCGUUGGGAGCCCAAGACAACAACACCAUCGCCACUCCGGUCACGACUUAUGCGUCCGGACCAAUUGUCGUUCGAUUCCACACGGACAGUGUUACCGUGAGAGAACGAGAUAUCGGAUUCUCAAUAGCAUAUCAACAACUUGGCACAGGAUGCAACAAGAACAAAAUCAGACGGUGAUUUCGAGUUCCUUCCUCAUGUCACGUGUGUGUUCAACAUAUCAUACAUACUAUUUAACAUCGUGCAUAUCAAAACAAUUCAAGAAGAAAAAAAAAACCAUUAAUUUAUUUAUUAUUUUCCUCGUGUAUAUUAUUAAACUAUUAUUAUGCAA